CUCCCAGAGAGCUAGAAUGACAGGCGUGAGCCACUGUGCCCGGCUUGAGCAAUCCUCUUGACCCCACAAGGGGAGAGCUAGGCUCGAUAAAGCCCUGAUUGGGUCUACUGGAGCAAGCCCUAAGACUAGCCAGUCUGCACAGCACAACACUGGCCGGUUUGGGAAUAAAGACAAGACAAUGCAGGACGUUACUGGGGAAGAGGUCAGAGAAGGGCUAGUUGUCUUGUUGCUCAGGACGGUCGCUCACCUCUGACCCAAAGGUCUCCUCCCUCGAGGUGGGCCUAGAGGGUGGAACGUGCUCUGUGUGAUGUUUCCAUCUUGGCUGCAUGUUGGACAUAGAGGAGGUGGGUCUUUUAUUGUUCUGCUUUUUACCACUAAUGCCUGGGCCCCAUCCCUAACCAAUUAAAUGAAAACCUGGGAGACUGAGUCCUACACAUCUGUGUAUUUAUAAACUCCUCAGGUCAUUCAAUGCAUUGUGCAGCCAGUGCUGUGACCAGCUGAUGUGAAGGGAGAUGGAGUGAACUCCACUCAUAGAAGGAAGACUAAGAGAGAAAGGAGGGAGGGUGGGAGCGGAUACAGCUCUUGAAUCUGGAACGUUAAAGCUGCAGGAUCCUAGCACAGAACUUUGCAACUCCAAGUGUGGUCCGGCCAAGCAGCAGGGCCCCGGGCAAGCUGGUGGAAUGCAGGUCCGUGGGGCCAUCAUGCCGGCGAGUCAGAUGUGCACAGGAAGUUCGGGAAGUCGGUGUCGGAUCCUUCAGAGAGCAUCCAGGCCGUGGAACUCCUGGGGUGCUGGGUAGAUCAGUUGACUCAGAAUUCCUAGGUGUGGUACCCAGACACUCAUCUUUUAAAAAAUGUUUUUUAAGUACCCCAGUUGAUUCUCUUGCCCAACCAUAGUCAAGAAUACCCGCCUUAGUCAGUGCUUCUAGACUGGAAGGUGAAUCACCGGGAUCAUGUUCAAAUGCAGCCUGACUUUAUACAUCUGGAGAAGGCCAAAGACUCUGCCUUUUUAAUAAGGGCCCUGUGAUGCCUGUGCUGCUUAUCUCAUGUAUUUUGAGCAGCGGGAUCUAUUAGACUGGCAUCCCGGCUUGACAGCAGGGCAAACUGCAGGUCAGAGCAGAAGGCAUGGCCAUCCACAGUCACCCUCCGGCGUGCUGGCUGCAGGCUGGGGGCUGGAGCUAGAGUUGAGAGCAGGACAGACCCCAACCCAGUCCUCACAGGCAUCUAUCUCAAAGGGGGAGACAGACAAAAAGCAAACACAGGCAGCAAAGCUAAUUACAGAUUGGAGAAGUGCUGUGAGGGAGAGGAGAGCCAUGUGGCAGGACGUGGCUGGAGGCCGCUGUGGGCAUAGGGAAGGCAGCCACUUCCAGGACAGCUGUCAAGGGAGUUACUAGAACAGUGACUGUAACUGGGGACAUCUGAUCACAAAUCUUUCCUUACUGGAUAGGGCCAUUUUCCAUCCCCUCUGGGGCUUGGAGACAGGUGCUACUGAGCCUGCUAGGGAGUCUGACCUGGUCCCUGCCUGGCUCAGGACUCUCAUUCUGUAGUGUUUGUGGACUUGGAGUGGGUCCCGGGGGUGCCGUGAUGGGGAGCAGAGCACUGACUAUAGGACGGUGUUCAGGACUGCUGAUCUGUGAUUUGCAGCAUAGACUCCAUGCAGAUGCUCCCUGCCCCUGAGAAAUAACUGAAGGUUUUUUAUUUAUCCCCAGAGAGCACAAACAUCAGGGGUUCCCUCCCUUUCCUGACUAAUAGGAGUCACCUGGGCUGCUUGGGCACAUGCCUUCCCUUGGCAAUACCUGGGCUGCCUGAGACAGUGUCCAGGGAAGGGCCCAGGUGAUUCUUUGGAUCCAGAUCAUUAGGGAAACAUGAUGUGGAUGUUAGAAACUGGACCUGGGCAUCUUCUGCCUCUUCGUGUGGCUGUGGAGUCUCCUCUGCAGUGGCUCAGCAGCGUGGCCCUGGCAACGUUGGUGACUGCUGGGAAGCCUCUGCCUGCGUGCAUGUAGCAGCUCGCCCUUCCCAUGUGUGCCCUUCCCUCGCCACCUCCCAACUCCUCCUGGACCAGCCGGACCCUCCUGGCUACCUGCGUCCCCGUUCAAACUCCUUCACUGACUUACUGUCGGCUUGGGGUGGCCCGAGGCAGCCGGGAUGACAGCUCUCCCCAGGAACCCUGCUGCCUGCUGAGGAACAUGAUCAGCAAGUCCCGCUGGAAGCUGCUGGCCAUGCUGGCUUUGGUGCUGGUCGUCAUGGUGUGGUAUUCCAUCUCCCGAGAAGACAGGUACAUGGAGCUUUUUUACUUUCCCAUCCCAGAGAAGAGGGAGCCGUGCCUCCAGGGUGAGGCAGAGAGGAAGGCCUCUAAGCUCUUCGGCAACUACUCCCGAGAUCAGCCCAUCUUCCUGCAGCUUAAGGAUUAUUUCUGGGUCAAGACACCGUCUGCCUACGAGCUGCCUUAUGGGACCAAAGGGAGUGAAGACCUGCUCCUCCGAGUGCUAGCCAUCACCAGCCACUCCGUGCCCCAGAGCAUCCAGAGCCUCAAGUGCCGCCGCUGCGUGGUGGUGGGGAACGGGCACCGGCUGCGCAACAGCUCGCUGGGAGACGCUAUCAACAAGUACGAUGUGGUCAUCAGACUGAACAACGCCCCAGUGGCUGGCUAUGAGGGCGACGUGGGCUCCAAGACCACCAUGCGUCUCUUCUACCCUGAAUCUGCCCACUUUGACCCCAAAGUGGAAAACAACCCAGACACACUUCUUGUCCUGGUGGCUUUCAAGGCAAUGGACUUCCACUGGAUCGAGACUAUCCUGAGCGAUAAGAAGCGGGUGCGAAAAGGUUUUUGGAAACAGCCUCCCCUCAUCUGGGAAGUCAACCCCAAACAGAUUCGGAUUCUCAACCCCUUCUUCAUGGAGAUCGCGGCUGACAAGCUGCUGAGCCUGCCAAUGCAGCAGCCACGAAAGAUCAAGCAGAAGCCCACCACAGGCUUGCUGGCCAUCACCCUGGCCCUCCACCUGUGUGACCUGGUGCACAUCGCUGGCUUUGGCUACCCAGACGCCUACAACAAGAAGCAGACUAUUCAUUACUACGAGCAGAUCACACUCAAGUCCAUGGCGGGGUCCGGCCAUAAUGUCUCCCAGGAGGCCCUGGCCAUUAAGCGGAUGCUGGAGAUCGGAGCCGUCAAGAACCUCACGUCCUUCUGACUUGGGCGAGAGCUGCAACCCAUCAGUUGCCUGCUCUGCUGCCUGGCUGACCCCCAUCCAUGGCUGUGCCUGAUGCCAGCAUAACCCACUUGGACUCGCCGUCUGUUUGUGGACGGAGUCCUGGGACCGGCCAGGUCUGAGAUGAGGCCAUGACUGGCCACUCCUGUGGAGCCCAGAUCCAGUCAGGGUGGAGGCCCUGGGGCUCAGGCGCCCGGCCCAGGCAGGGGCUUGUUGCUGCAGCACCUCCUCUCUGCCAGCAGCAAGAGAUUAUUUAAUGGGCUAUUUAACUAUAGGGCAGGAAGGUGCUGUGGGCUGGUCCCGUGGCAUCUAGGAAAGAGGCCAGUACAGUACAGUGUUCUGCCCACUUUUUAUAAACUUACAUGUGAUGGGCUUACGAAGGCCUAGACACAGAGACGGAGGGUAAGGACAUGGAGAUUGGGUGGGUGCCCUCCAGAGAGGGUCUGCUACCUCCCAGCAGGCAUGGGAAGAGCACUGGUGUGGGGGUUCCACUGAGAAGGGGACCUCAGUGAGAGAAAAAGUUAAAAACCCACCAUUAAACUAUUUUUCCUAAAACGGAA